GCUGCGGUCAUACUGAUAUACUGAUUGCAACUUCCCAAUUUUUUUUUAUAAAAAAUAAACGUCCAAUGAAAAUUAAAAAACAUCUUUUCGUACCUUUAAUGCAAUAAUAUGUGCAUUUUGAAGCAUGCCGAUUCAGGCUCCCUCAUGGACAGACUUUCUGAACUGUCCCAUCUGCGGCAAUGAGUUUGCGGUCAGUCAGCGGUUCCCCAUCAGCUUGGGAUGUGGGCAUACCAUUUGCAAGCUCUGCCUGACCACCCUCUACAAUCGGCAAUGUCCCUUCGAUCAGACGCAGAUUGUCACCGACAUCGACAAUUUGCCCACUAACCAUGCCCUGCUCCAGCUGGUGGCCAAGGGUCCGCCCGGCAAGGACUCGGAGCCGUCGGUGGACUUCUCGCAGCAUGCGCCGCCCAGUGUGCAGAAGCUCGAUCCGGAGCAGCUCAAGUGCUACAAGCUCGGCAAGCAGUGCAUCGAGGAUCUGGCCCUGCACCUGAAGUCCUUCCUCAACCUCAACAACGGCAACCUGCUGACGCGGCCCAUGCAGCGCAAGCUGGUGACGCUGGUCAACUGUCAGCUGAUGGAGGAGGAGGGACGCGUGCGGGCAUUGAAAGCGGCCCGCUCGUUGGGCGAGCGCACCGUCACCGAGCUGAUUCUGCAGCACCAGAAUCCGCAGCAGCUCAGCUCCAACCUGUGGGCGGCGGUGAGGACGCGUGGCUGCCAGUUCCUGGGCCCGGCCAUGCAGGAGGAGGUGCUGAAGCUGGUUCUGCUGGCUCUGGAGGAGGGCUCGGCGCUGUCCCGCAAGGUGCUGGUCAUGUUUGUGGUGCAGCGCCUGGAGCCGCAGUUCCCGCAGGCCUCCAAGACGAGCAUCGGCCAUGUGGUGCAGCUGCUCUACCGCGCCAGCUGCUUCAAGGUGUCCAAGCGGGAGGCAGACUCCUCGCUGAUGCAGCUCAAGGAGGAGUUUCGCACCUACGACGCCCUCAGGAGGGAGCACGACGCCCAGAUCGUUCAGAUAGCCACCGAGGCAGGGCUGCGGAUUGCGCCCGAGCAAUGGUCUUCCCUCUUGUACGGCGACGUGCUGCACAAGAGCCACAUGCAGAGCAUCAUCGACAAGCUGCAGACACCGUCUUCCUUCGCCCAGUCGGUCCAGGAGCUGGUCAUCGCCCUGCAGCGCACCAGCGACCCCGCCAAGCUCUCCAAUCUCCACAAUCAUCUGAAGUACCUGGCCAACAUUGAUCCGUGCGCGGAGGUGGCCCCCUGGCAGGACGUGGCCGAGGCCCUGGAUGCAGUGCGUCACUCCGUCGUGGGCCUCGUGAACUUCCUGCAGCAUCAUGGCGUCCGUAAGGCCCAGGACGCCAUCGGCAGUGCGGGAGCAGCCGUCAGCAAUCCCAAGUAUAAGAUCAGCCUCUGCCGGGACCUAAACGUGCGGCGUGUAUGUCCUCGCGGCGCCAGCUGCACCUUCGCCCAUUCGCAGGAGGAGGUGGAGCGCUACCGGGCGAGGAAUAGGGGCAAACACAUCAAGACACCCCUUCAGGGGCCUCCUCUGAUGGUCGGAGACGAGGGUCAGGUUCUGGGCGUGCCGCCCAUGAUGCCGAUGUCCCCCAUGCACUACAUGCCAUCACCAAGAGGCUACCUCGACCCCAACGCCAACCUGCCAGGCCUCGGACUCUCUCCAGGAGCCACCCAUCCGCCACAGCCACCGCAGCUGCUGCAUCACCCCUCCAUCGGCCGCCAGAUGAAUGGGCUGAUGGUGCCCGGGCGCUUCGAUCCGCGCUUCAACUACGGCCCCGGACAGCCGAUCGCACAAUCCAGGAAUCCCUCGCCCAGGGAGUACCAGGCCAGUCCUGGCCCCGUCCCCGGGCCACCACCACCGCAACAGCAACGCAAUCUAUCCAACCCACCGAGCUUCAAUGUCAAUAGUAACCUCCACAAGGGCUAUAUGCUUCCAGCGGAUGUGUUCCAUCCCACGGCCUAUGGCUACGGCAGCGAGGAGAAGCUGUGCCAUCCCUGGGAGCAGCAUCCCUACCAGCAGCAACAGCAGCAACAGCAGCACCAGCACCAACAGCAGCAGCAGCCACCGUCCAGCAAGCCGAAUCCCAGCCGACCGUUGUCGAUUUUAGCCGCAACAGCUGAUACCUCAUUUUAUGAAAAGAAACCGCCGAAUAAUGUUAGCAUAGACAUGGACAUGGCCAAGCCCCUAGCUGGUUCUGGCUCUGGUGCUGGCGACUCAGCAGGCGAUGUCUUGGAUGCCCUGCCUCUCUUCCGACGCGCCAAUAACCAGAGCCACAAUCACAAUCACAGCCACAGCCAGAGCCACGGACAGAACAACUCCUCGCUGCUCUUCUUUGAGCGCUCCGAUUCCAUACUGAAUGAUGAUGGGGCGACGUUCGAUAUACCCACGGGCUCCUCCAUGCAAAGUCGCUACGGUCCGAUCUGUCCCAAGAACUCGGCGGCGAGCAACUGGAACUGGAUCAUGGAGAACGACACGAGCAGCGAUCUGGGCUAUGCGGGCUACAAGGCAGAUAGGAAUGACAAUUUCAACAGCCACAACAAGUCGUCGCAGGUGUGGGGCAGGAAGCCGCAACUGCUGUCGGAGGAUAGCUUCGAGGGCGGCAUCGACAGCGGGAUGAUGCUGCAGCUGGAGAAGAAUCUGGUGGACAUUGUGGAUCCCGACGACAGCGGCAUCAAGGUGGACUAAUCCAGAAAAAAUCCAUCACACUCAGCCAGAGGAUAUAUGUCGGUAUGCUACCGAUAUAUACAGCAGUAUGCUACCGGUGGGGCAUACAGUACUAUAAUAUGUAUAAUGCAAUCAUUUUACACACGUCGUUAGAGGUUUGUACCGCACAGUUCAAACUCUGGUAGAAUUCUCUGUAGUUGUAAAACAGCCAGCCAGCCCUCCGCGCUCCGAUCCGUUAUUGGAUCGGGGCGGAGCCAAACAAAAGAAAAGAAAACCGUAGCAACAAAAUGAAACAAAACAAAACAAAACAGACAAAAAGAUAAAAACAGAAAAUCGGGUUGGGUAUCCUCUAUUAGAAAACUAUUGUAUAAUUAUGUAAUUGUCUAUUAGUUCAUUGUUCAAAUUGUGAAUCGUCUUCGGCCAGCCGAACUAAAUGUGUUUUUAUCCAGAUGUUCUCGUCUUACGUGUUACGUUUUCAAAUUAAUCGUGGGGACUAGCAAAUGGAUAGGGAAAGGGAAAUAAGGGAAAUGGAAAAGCAACUCAAUCUAGAAUAUUCAAUUUCGAUGUCUAACCUAGCAUCUAGCUCUAAUAACAUAACCCAAAUCCCAUAGAGAUCCCAGAGGAAGAGCCUCGCCUCGCCUCGUCUCUCCUCCCCCAAAAAAAAAGGAGCAGAUGUACAAUAUAGCCAGAUUUUACAACAAUUUUUACAACCAUCAAUAGCAAUCUGUACAUUAAUAACUAAUUGAUUUUCAGAUCUAAGUACAACUGAAUUUUAUAUCCGAAAUCCAUAAGUCCCAUCCCACAAUUAUUUGUGAUCAGAUUUUGAUUGAUUUUAAUGCUAUAUACAUAGAUAUAUACAUACAUACAUCAUACUACAUAAAUACUAUAUAUUUUUAUUAAUUAUUAACUAUUUCAAAUGCUAUUUUUAUAUACAACAAAACAAAUCGGAGCAAAGGAUCGAAUGUAGAGAGAGAUAGAGAUCCUUUCGCUAUCACACACACACACACAUAAAUACACACACACACACACGCAGAGAGAGAACACACACACAUAUGGAGAUGAUCGAUCAUAAUUAUGUGUAUGUGUGGAAUGAAUGUUUAUAUUUCUUAAAGAAAUUUUAAUAACGCUAUUGUGCGAUGUUGUUAACUAUUGUACUAUAUAUAUUAUUAAAUUUAUUGAAAAUAAAUUAAAACCGUGUCCUGUCCCCCCAACCCCCAGCCCACAGCCCCCUCUUUCACCUUUCACCCACACUUUGUAUGUAAAGUGCGCGUAAAAGCGAGAGAGAACUAAAGUAAAUGUAGAGUCGAGUCGAGUCAGGUCAGGGCUAACAUUUGUGAGAACAUUUUACAAACACAACACACACCACCACUCCCACUAUACUAUAAAUACUGCGAAACAGAAUACAGCAUACACAGAUAUGUAAAGAUAUAUAUAUAUAUAUUUACUAUAUAUAUAUGUAUAUGUAUGUACGUAUACUAUAUAGAAAACUAACCAAUUUGCGCGCUCUUAUUAUUAAUAUUAUAUAUUAAUGUCCGUUGAGCCCGAGUCUUUUGCUUUCGUGACUUUUGAUUUUGUGCGCGAAACAAAGCGAAAGAAAGAGUAGAGAUUUUGUAAUUUGUAUAUGUUAAGCGAUGAAAUCAGGAACACAUAUAUAUACCUAAGUAUAUAUAUGUAUAUACUAUAUAAACUGCGCUUGAUCCUAGAUGAAUAUAACAUAUAUGUAUCUAUACACACAAUUAUAUAUAUAUAUAUAUUUAUUGUUAAUGAGUUUCGAUGCGAUGCCGUGUGUGUAGUAGGAAUAUUCAUGUGAAAACUAGUUGAAAUUGAAACAGAUCGAAGCAGUUUUAAAAUAUAUCUACAUAAAUGUUUAAAUGAAAUCCGAAACGUAACUACUAUUAUUCAGAAACUCAGUAACAGAAGAGAUUUGUUUUAAAAUGUAUUUGUCUCUUGUGAAAUGUGUCAGAAUGUAGAAGAAGAAGAAGGCCGGAUGGGCGACUGUCCCCAGAGCGACGACGAUCGAUGAUCCGCCACUGUGUACUUAAGUCUCUCCAUUCCCGGAGCGAGUCGCUGGGCGUCCGUCCGGCCUUUGGCUGUGGUCAAGUCUCUUGUUUUUUGUUUUUUUUUUUUUUAGCUUAAACCCAAUGGGUUCGGUUCAUAUUCAUAGACGUAAUUGUUGAGUUGAGUUGUGUAACUUUAUGAUUUACAACAAGUCCAUCCACCAUUCUCACCUCUACAAUAUCCAAUUCUACCUACCCCCCAAAAAAAUAAAAUCAAUAUUUUCUAUACACACACACACACACACAAAUGUACUAUAUAUAUUUAUUAUAAAUAUGUUAAUUAAAUGUAUUUUUGGUAUUAUCACUCAAUGUUUCUAUCGUAAGCAAAUUUCGAGUUCUGUUAAUCAAAGCGACACCACACACACACACACACACACACAAAAAGCCUAAAAAAAGAUUUAUUUAUUUUAAUUACCAA